CUUUUGUCAUUACACCCAUGGCAGAUUUUGUAUCUGGCCAUUCUUCUUGAAAAUAUUUGACACAAAAAAAGUAUAAUUACAAAUGGCGUUUACGUAGAAUAGACAGAUGUGUUCACGGCCACGAUGGGCGAUGAUUCUUUGAUAUUACGAGAAGAUGGUUAUAUACGUAUGAACUUUCCUGUUACUUCUUUAACGUAUCACAGUAACUUAAACAUAAUUUUGGUGAAGACUGACGUUGGUGGUGUACACGUUUUGGAUGUCAAUUCUGGUGUGAUUCUUCAGUCGUCCUGCCUAUCAGCGGAUGAUGGGGGUACGCUUGGAGUGGAGUACGCGUCGGGGGCUGACAGGGUGUUCGUGUGGGACAGCAGUGGCGUGGGAGCCCGGACGGAUUACAAUGGAGUCCUGCUGCUGCACACGGCGCUCCAACGGCCGCUCCCAUCUUCGCAGCCGGAUAAAAUAAUAAGAAUUGAACUUGUGCUCUCAGAGGCCGUCCUCCUGUACCAGUGCCUGCAGAGUUUGGACGUGCACUCCAUCGAGGGCCUCACUGACUUCAUCAAUGAGCUCAAGAACUCCAUUGAUGCCGAACCAGCGAGAAAAGGAGUGAAGGCGCAGAAGUGGAGCACAGUCACCAUAUGCCUCCCCCAGUCCACACUCCGGCUGGUGACCACCGGUGUAGUCCAAGAGCUCAAAGGCCAGAACCGGAGGAUUCCUGCCCUGGCCAUCGCUUCUGCUGUGGGGCAGCGGGCCAAUGAGCUGAUGCCAUGCUCCAGGGAUGAAGAAUCAAGGGCACUGAUGUACUCUGAGGCAGAGCGCAAGGAGACAUUCAAGCGGUGGCCUCACAUGGAUUACAAAUGGGCGCUCCCCGCACGCAUGGCCCAAGCCGGCUUCUACCAUCAGCCUUCCCCCAGCGGGGACGACCGCGCAAUGUGCUUCACGUGCAUGGUGUGCCUCGUCUGCUGGGAGAAGUCCGACGAGCCCUGGGUCGAGCACGAGCGGCACUCCCCCAACUGUCCGUUCGUGCGCGGCGAGUACACACACAACGUGCCUAUAUCGGUAACGAAUGCCACAGCGUGCGCGGUGCCCAGUCCAAAUGUGACCAUAGUCUCCAAAGGCAACACGGGGGAACUUAUCGCCACCGGUUCUGCGGAAGGCAAAGUCAACAUCUGGAAGUUCGACUGCGGGCUCAAGCUGGUCAAGUUCAUACACCUGUCCCCGUACGACUCCAUCUUUAGUGGGAUACUGUCUACGGAUUGCAAUAAGGUGUGGUCGGCCAGCUUGGAGAAGGAUUCUUCGACCUACAACCUCGAGCUCACAGCUAUGGCGUUCGUCGGCAUGACGUCACAACAAGAAACAUACCCACAAGCACAAAACACAGAAACAGGCAUAGGUGAAAAAGAGACCAGUAACAACAAGACCAAACCCUCACUCAUCUGUGCUGUCAUCAUAACCAGGACUAACAAUAUUCCCUCAGACCAACCUAUAAAGGAGGAGGAUUCUAGCAAAGCACUCUUCGAUUCAGGUGCUCCAGAUAAAUUCAAAGAGAGUGUCCAAGCAAUGAACGAUCAGAAUGAAGCCAAGAGCAACCUCUCACCAAUAAACAAAAUGCUCUUCCUACUCACAUAUGAUAUACACAGUUCCUUAGCAGGCUCCAUAACAACAGUCGUCCACACAUCCAACAGCAGUGGCAAUUCCAAACCGGGAGUCAGUAAGAAAGUAUGCACGGUCGCUCGAACGGACGACGCCAACAUAUACGACGAAAUAUACUUCCAGUAUUCUGACGAGGACACAGAGCUUCCCCAGUGCACUAGUCUCUUGGACGAGCAGAUCAGCAAUGUGAUUAAUCUUAACGCUUCUUCUAGUAAAGAGGACUCUAAAAUGUGGGAACCGAAGAAAAUCUUUUUAACGAAGCAUUACAAGUUGUUACCACCGCCGCCGCCUACUGUUCUGCUGCCAGAACUACCAGAGUCUGGGCAGGGUAGCAUGCUAGACUUUGUAGGCAAGAUAUCGCAGUUGAAGAGUUGGAAGAGCGGAAAUUUAGACUCUGUUGGGACUAAACUAGCCGACCAGACGGAUGCAGUCUUGCAACAAGCGGAUCCCAUCACGCAUUAUCUCAAUAUGAACGGCCCGUUGGAGAUCUCAGACCUCAAGUGGUAUGAAGGCGGAGAGGGUACAGAAAAGAUUAAAGUUACCACAUUCGGUGGCAGCAAAGUCGGCACUCAGACUGCAGUGAGCAAUAGCAAUAAUGACGGCUUCGACAGCGACCCGCCGCAAGAAGAAGUCGUCUCCCAAGGCAUCGCCGUCCAGUGCUUAAGUCUUCCAGGUUUCAAGCUCAACCUGAGAGAUGAUUCUAAAGUCACACAUUUACUGCCAACAGAAGACAAGGAGCAUUUGCUAGUAGUUAUCUCCAGCAUUGAUCCAGAAAAGGUCAGAGUUGAGGAGGAAACCGAUCAUGAUGGCGACACCAAAAUGGAUGUCGAUGACGUCACAGAACAAACGGACAAGGCAGAUGACAAAUCUGAUGUGAAAGCGUACUUUAUUCUCUUUAAAAUUAACAACAACACUUCAAUUUUCACUCUAGAAGACAAUCCUGUAAAUAUGAUGGAGCUGCCUUAUGGAGAAAGUCCUGUAGACUUAUGUUUGCUGCCCGUUGACAAGCACGAACAGUACUCGUUCGCCGCUGUAGGCGUAGACGGUAGCCUUAGAUUGUAUUCUCUGCCUUCCUUCAAAAUGCUCUCGGAGAAGCGAGCUCCAAAGGGCCAGUUCACAUCAGUAGCGUACUGCGCCUCAGUGGAAAGGCUGAGCGUAUCAACAAAGCACGGAAUGAUAUAUUUCUACGCGCUGAAUAACGGUGAGAAGGAUUCGACUGGCGAUAUUGACGAAGAUGAGUUCGCUAACAUAGAUUUUGAAAUGCUUCAUAGAACGCCUAGAGAGGAGACAGUUAGAUCACUCAUAUCUAGUUCAGCCAUGUUAGCUAACAAGACUGAAUUAGAUAUGAGUGAUCUAGAAACUAUGACCACAUUAAUAGGGCCAUUCGGUCAUGUGACCACUACGGUUCCUUACAGUGCAGUCGUGCCUGGGUUUUGGUGUGAGUUGUCGCCGGCGCAACGCUCUCGCUCCGACCACCAGAACAACCGGACUUGGCGUUUGCAAAACACAUCUUCCACAUGGGACGAACACGUUUUAGAGCUCACAUUACCUUACAGUGUCUCUUUAGCUCAUAUAGAAUUCGGAUUUACAUUACACUCUUCCUGUUCUGCAAAUCUACCUAUAAUCCAAGUGACGCUUUUAAAACAGAAUUUGCACGGAAUUGGGUAUAAGAAGGACGCGUCAUUCGGCCACCGAUCGGAGUCGCCGGUAUUCUUCCCGACGGUUGACGCCGAUAUGUCUUCAAACUUAGAGAACCCUGUGAACAGCGAGGAGUACUUGCAAGCCCAUAACGCUGAGAUCCUCGCAGGGCCCCUUCUGCUUUCAUCUGGCUUGGACUUGACACAGCAAUCUGGUACUUUAAUCCUGACCAGUCCUAGAUUAUACAGGGCUCGAGGCAGAACGUUUUUGAUCCAUAUUAAAACCUUAUUCGACCCCGCGAAAGACAUGAGCAAAGAUUCGAUAAAAUCGGGAGAAAGCAGCUCGAAAAAGUCAAGCUUUAUCGGUUGCGAUUGGUUGCACCAAAUCUCGCUAACAGUUCGCUCCAGUCCUUAUACUGACGUUCCUUUGGAGCGACAGCAGCGCAUAGCCAUGCUUGAAUCCAACAGCCUCCUAGAUAUAUUAUGUGAGAUAGCAGUAAGCAGAGAUGAUAGUGAGAAGAGAAAGUUAGCUUUAGACAUACUCAUUUGGGUGAUCUCCAUUAGACUGCAGAGACUCAGACUGGCCAAGACUGACAAAGGCAAAGACAAAGACGCUCAGACUCCCGUGGAGAUACAGCAGUUGGAGUGUGUUAAGAUUAUUGAGAAACACACUGAUGCUUUGAUCAAGAACUGCAUUUUGUGCGGAAAUAGGAGCUUUGCUAAGAAGUGCGUGAAGAUCAUACUUAUAACCAGCGAGGGUGUAAAACAGCUGCCGAAGCCGUGGAAGUCGACGUUCGAGGCGACCCUGAGCGCGGUGCUGAGCGCGUGGCUGCCGUACGUGGGCGCGUGCGCGUCGCCGGGCGCGCUGCGCUGGCUGGUGGCGCUGGCGCAGCACGCCACGCAGCGCGGCGCGGCGCCCGAGCUGGCGGCCCGCUGCCGCGCGCUGCUGCACCGCACCGCGCGCUGCCUCGCCGAGCGCGGGGACCAUUACCACCACUUACUACGAGCUAGAUUCGGGCUGUACGGGCUGCCGCUGGAGCGCAGCGUGUUCGCCGCCGACGCGCCCGAGCUGGGCAAGGGCUCGUCCACCCCCGUGACGUACGCCAGCGUGCUGGCCGGCGACACCUCCGCGCCCGCCGCCGCCAAGCCCGACUACCAGCUCAAGGACCUGCUCAAUCUGCCGCAGGAUAUGGGCGACUUGCCGCCCCCGCCCGCCGCCAAAGCCGACUCGCAGCUAAAGGACCUGCUCAACCUCCCGCAGAUUCCGGAAACGAAAUCCACACCCACACCCCAAGCCUGGUGGGCGCAAAACAACGGAGUGGGAGUAUUCGGAGCCGGUCUCAGCGAAGCAAUGCCUUUACACGUUAGCUGUCACGCGGCUUCAGACGGAACCAAGCUGGAGUCCACGGGAGGCCGACACCAUCCCGCUGUCGUGUCAACGUUGCCUGGCGAUCCUAACCAGCUAUGGAGCGUCGUAAAGGAAGGACAGAUGAAGCAGAUGUCGCAAGACCCAGACUCGCUGGAGGACGUGGAAAGUUCCCUCAUGGAGUGCGAUCCGCAGGAGAAACUCGAGUUUACCGAGGAGAAGUUCUUUCAGGAACAAGAACAAUGUGGCAUACCGUGGGCGCAGCUAGUGACCCGCGUGCCGCAACACACGCUGGUAGUGGAGCGCAUGCACAGCGGCGCUCGGCGAUACAUCGUGCUGGAUCUGGGGCACGCGGUGCGCCUCACAGACGUGAUAAUCCCAUCGUGCUCCGACCUGGUGACACUGUGCAUCGACAUCUGGGUGUGCAGCGAAGAAACUGACAGCGUGAAGCUAGCGUUCGCCACCGACAUCGCGACGAAGCAUCUCGUGCUCACCGACAUACAGCCACCGCCGCUUUGUCGGUAUAUGAAGAUCACAACGAUUGGUCGGUACGGCAUGUCGGCCAUGAAAUGCAAGAUUCCGUUAGGCUGGUUCUACGGCGAGGUGGCCGAGAUAGCCAACGUCAACGCGUCCAUUAAUGCACUCAACGCUUUACAUCAGGAUCUGACGUGUCGCUUUAGGCUAGCCACCGGCAAACUAAUGGACCUUCUAAAUCCCUACCUAGAACUAUACAACGGCAACGCAGCCCACAUGAUGGCCUACCUCAACCUGCCCAACGAAUCAGACCCCAAAGUCCUAACCGCAUACCAGGAGUGCAUAGAACUACAACAGCAACUGCACACAUGCACAAACAUAGUCAAAAGGCUACAGAAUAAGUCUGAUUGUGAUGAGCAUGUGUUAGAUCAGAUCAAUAAAGGGCAAGUUACACCGGAGGCGUUGCUAGAGAGAGCCUCGACAGAUAAGUUGAGAGUUAUAAGCGAGAAUAUUGUGGAUACACUGCUAUAUUUCUACUUCCAAGUCGAUAAUGUGCAACACCAAGAAGUGAGCCUCGAGUGGUGUCAAGUGGUAUCGGGCCUACUGUGGGAGUGGGGCGGGCGAGGCGCGGCCGCGCUGGCCACGCUGCUGGCGCGGCUGUGCGGGGCGCAGGACUGGUGGGGCUGCCACCUGGCCGACACGCUCACCACGGCCUUCUCCGCGGCCGAUGCGCCGCCAGCCGCCUUAGACAGAUGCCUCGUGCUCAUCAUGUACAUGGCGCGCAAGUCCCUGUACGCGCACUCGGACCCGGAGGGCGGCGUGGCAGCCGCGCUGGCCGCACGGGCUCUAGCGUUGCUGCGCGCGCCGCGCCCGCAGCCCGCCGUCACCGCCGCCGUGCUCACCGCGCUGGCGGCGGCGUUAGACAGCCAGCCCGCCGUCUCCAACAAGCACGCCAGCCGUUGGGAGUGGGUGACGGGCGGGCGCCCAGGCGCGACCGGCGCCGAGCCGGCGCCUUCGCCACGCGCCGCCGAAUGCAAGCUUCAUCGCCGCAAGCUGCACAAGAAGCUGCUGCACCAAAUGCAAGAGUUCGAGGCCGCGCGGCGUGGCAUACAGGUCGCUUUAGAGGAGCAACAGCGCGUCCGCUUCAACCUGAAAGCGCGCAUGGCGAUGGUCGGCAAGCGCAGCAACUCGGAAGGCGAGUCGUCCGGCGCGGCGCCGCGCGUCAAGCACACGGUGGUGUCGCCCGCGCUGUGUGCUCUACUAGCGCAAGCGCUGGUGCAGCACAUGCUGGCCAUGGACAGCGCCGGCUCCGCGGACACGCUGCUGCUGUGUGCUAAGGUGGUGGGCAGGCUGUGCGCGCUGUGCGGCGGCGCGGUGCUGGAGCCGUCGUGCGUGCUGGGGCUCGCGCGCCUCGCCGUCACGCUGCCGCCCUGGCCGCGCCACGCGCUCACCACGCUGCUGCAGGACCUAGUAGAGUACGAAAACGGCUCUGCAUGUUCAAGCCCCACGUACGAGGUGGAGGAAAGAUGGCGUCUGGUCGAGGUGCGCGACGCCGUCCCCGACCGCGUGGAGAUCCGCAACGGAGUCCCCAUCACCGUCACCACCGGCGGCAAGGCGCCGCGCAAGUACCACCACGGCGUCACCGUGGCAGAUGUUUUGGCGGAUAGUUUCGGUCUGCCGAAAACCAAAGCUGAACCGUUCGGCGGCAAGAAACCUGGUCAAAUCAUCAAAUCACCUAGUUUGUCUUCACCAAAUUCUAUUAAAAGCAUAGAUAUGGAUCAAUUACCUCAAGUAGUAGAGUCCGACGACUCCGAGACCGAGAAUCAGCGCGAGCAGGAGUUCAUAGAGGUACUGAGGAAGAGGGAAACGCGGAGUAAGCCAGUUCCGGACAAUAAUACUAGCAACAUCUCGUGCUGCAUGGACGCGCGGCUGGAGAGCGGGCCGGCGGGCGCGGCGGGCGAGGCCAUGGCGCGGCGCGUGCUGCUGGCGGGCGGCGCGGCGCUGGCGGCGGCCGUGCGCGCCCCCCCGCGCCGCGCGCCCGCGCCCGACCCGCCGCCGCCCGCGCCCGCGCGCCCGCACCCGCCGCUGCACCACACGCUCUACGACGUCUUCCGACACCUCGCGCUCGAGUUCCAUCACCAGAUGGACUGCACAUUCCUAGAAAACGUGGUCUCCCUAUGGUUGACGCUGAACGGGUCCGUGUGGGGCAGCGGCGGCGCGUGGUCGCUCAACACGCUAUGCGUGCCGGCCGACACGCCGCGCAUCCGCCUCGCCUCCGACACCGUCAACGCGCUGCUGCUGUCGCUCACACAAUUGGAAAACAUUUCUUUGAGAUGUUGGGUGCUGUCGAUGCAGGCCUUAGCAUGGAUCGCGUCCUUACCGUUACAAACGGAAGGCAGCAACCAGACGAUGGGGCGCGUAAUUCACGAGUGCGAGCAUUUCGUACCCGCCAUAGUGAAAUUUAUAACUACCAAUGUGACCACAGAUGGCGCUGUGGCUACCGCUGAACCUUAUCUCGGCGGAGCACACAUCGGCGCGGGCGCGGGCGCGGCGGCGGCGCUGCACGCCGUGCUGUCGCGCGUGGUGUGCCCGCGCGGCGCCGCCGGCGCGCUGGCCGCGCUGCGCUGCGUGUGCGCCGUGUGGCGCCGCGACGCGCCGCCCGGCGCCGCCUACGACCUGCAGGCCACGCUGCUGAGGGUGGCGCAUCCCAUGCUGCAAGUGCUCAGCCCCCGGCACGCGGCGCACGCGGUCAAACUGUUCGACGCCGUCGCUCACCACUCACUGGGCUGGGUGCGGGAGACGGGCGGAGGCCGCGGCGAGGCCGGGUCGGAGGCGCGCCUGUCCGGGCUGCUGGCCGACGUGCUGGGCGGCGGCGGCGCCGGCGCGGCCCGCCGCGCGCCGCUGCGCCGCGCCGUGCUGGCGCAGCUGCUGCACUACUGCCGCAAGCUGCUGCACGCGCCCGCGCAGCCCGCGCAGCCUGCGCAGCCUGCGCAGCCCGCCGCCGGACACCCCAACACGUCGGCGUCGAGCCCGGGCGUGGCCGGAGGCAGCGGCGGCUCAAGCGGCGGCGAGAGCUCCUCCCAGUCACAAACCGAUGAAAGCAAGCAGCAAGCACAAGAUACUACCAAUCUUGAGGAUGAAAGGAAACAGCAGGCACCGAAAGCCCCUUGCGUCGCUGAUACAGUGUUGCAACACCACGCGAUCAUGCAGAGGUUCUACAGGACGUUGUCCAUCUGCGACGGUAUGAACACGGCAGUGCUCAACUCAGGCAUGAACUCUGAGCCUUCCGGUGAAUACGCGUCGCUGAAGGAGGAGGUGUUCUGGCUGGUGGCGCACAUGGCCAGCGUCGCCUCCAACCCCGCCGCCAUGCUGCCCAGCUUGAUGGACUUCCUUAGAAAAGAAGAAGUAGUCCACCUGUCCCAAGCGAUGCAGCAACUAAUAAUCCGGCUACUCGACAAGCCUGAAGCGCUAAACGCCUUCAUAGAGGCCGGUGGCUUAGAGCUGGCCGUAGAAAAGCUGACCCAAUGCCACCAAGCGGGCCCCAGCGCUAACCAGGGGCUCGUCUCGUCUCUCAUGAACUACUUGAAAUUGCCGCCGCAACUUAUCAAUAUGUCGACGUCGUCGAAUAACGGGAAUAAGAAGAAUCAGCUGCCGGUGUUGGAGACGACCAAUGGGCUUAUCAACAUCGCGCCGUUAUGUACGGUGUCGUGCGGCAACCCGACGGCGCAGGCCGCCGACGUGCUGCUGAGCGGCGGCGGCGCCGCGCACGCGGGCGGCUCGUGCGCCGCGCGCCGCCACCACCACGACCUGGACUGGGUCAAGGUCGACGACCCCUACGAGGUAUGCUCACAUAUAUACUGGCCUGUAACACGUGGCCGCCGGGCCGGAGGCGGGCUGUGCGGCGGCCUGGCGCUCGUGGCCGCGCGCCUGCCGCGCCCGCCCGCCGCGCCCGCGCCGCCGCCGCCGCCCAAGCACCACCACGACCUGGACUGGGUCAAGGUCGACGACCCCUACGAGGUAUGCCCACAUAUAUACUGGCCUGUAACACGUGGCCGCCGGGCCGGAGGCGGGCUGUGCGGCGGCCUGGCGCUCGUGGCCGCGCGCCUGCCGCGCCCGCCCGCCGCGCCCGCGCCGCCGCCGCCGCCCAAGCACCACCACGACCUGGACUGGGUCAAGGUCGACGACCCCUACGAGGUAUGCUCACAUAUAUACUGGCCUGUAACACGUGGCCGCCGGGCCGGAGGCGGGCUGUGCGGCGGCCUGGCGCUCGUGGCCGCGCGCCUGCCGCGCCCGCCCGCCGCGCCCGCGCCGCCGCCGCCGCCCAAGCACCACCACGACCUGGACUGGGUCAAGGUCGACGACCCCUACGAGGUAUGCUCACAUAUAUACUGGCCUGUAACACGUGGCCGCCGGGCCGGAGGCGGGCUGUGCGGCGGCCUGGCGCUCGUGGCCGCGCGCCUGCCGCGCCCGCCCGCCGCGCCCGCGCCGCCGCCGCCGCCCAAGCACCACCACGACCUGGACUGGGUCAAGGUCGACGACCCCUACGAGGUAUGCCCACAUAUAUACUGGCCUGUAACACGUGGCCGCCGGGCCGGAGGCGGGCUGUGCGGCGGCCUGGCGCUCGUGGCCGCGCGCCUGCCGCGCCCGCCCGCCGCGCCCGCGCCGCCGCCGCCGCCCAAGCACCACCACGACCUGGACUGGGUCAAGGUCGACGACCCCUACGAGGAGGUCCUGGAGCUGGGAGUGAGCUCGGUCAACAACAGCGUAGAAGAGAGCGGUUGCAGCGGCGUGCCGGCGCACGCGCUGGUCGCGCUCGGCCUCCUGCUGAAGCUCGGCGGCUACGCGUCCGCGCUGCUGGACGAGGGCCCCCGAGCUGUUCAGCUGUUGAGACUGCUACUGGGCGUCACGCACGACGAGGACGGCCGGAGUAUAGUAGUGGGCGGCGUCGGCAGCGGCAGCUUCUCAUUAGGAACGCUGCCGUUCCGCGUAGUGUCCCGGCUGCUGGAAGCCGCGCCGCUCGGCACGGACGACGGCCGCUCGCUGCGCCGCGCGCUGCUCGCCCUCGGCGCCGUGCGGCUCGUGCUGGCGUGUCUGUCUGUCUUCACACACCAUCGGCCUGCUUCCAACGAUAAUAGCCAAACGUCGAACGGCUCGUCGCUGGGCAAGGGCGAGGACAAGAGCCAGCUGUACUGGGCCAAAGGCACCGGUUUCGGCACCGGCUCUACGCAGCAGUCGUGGAACGUAGAACAGGCGCUGGUUCGCCAAAGGACUGAAGAGGAGCACGUCACUGUGCUACUACAGGUAUUAGCAUCGUACAUGAACCCUGGCGAGAAAUGGCCGCCCUCCGAGAGCUCGGCCGCGCCAGAGUUCUCCCCGGAGUCCGAGCGCAGCGAGGGCGAGUCGCAGGAGCUGCCCGCCGAGUUCAUCGACCUCAUCGCCAACAGCUCGCUCGUGCCCGCCAUCUGCUCCUACCUCAGGAACGAUUCUGUGCUGGACAUGUCGCGGCACAUCCCGCUGUACGUGUGCGUGCUGCGCUGCGCGCGCGCGCUGCACGCGCUGCGCUCGCGGCGCCUGGCGCCCGCACUGCGCCCGCUGCCGCGCCUGCUCGCGCUCAUGUCGCGCACCACCAACAGCUACGCCACCAAGCUGAGGAUGAGUAAAAAGAACAUAUUCGGGAAGAUGACAUAUAGCCAAAGAUUUAGCACAUCAAGUAAUUCAGAGCUCUCGGAAGAAGACGAGGGUCUCGCCUCGCUGAUAGCUGAUAUUCAGGCGACGUCAGCGCUGAUGUGGGUGAACGAGGGCGAGGAGGACGGCGCCGGCAGCAGCGCGGCGGCCGCCGUCAGCGGCGCCAGCCGGGAGGCGCGGUACAUCGAGCUUAUGCGCACCAUGCAGUUCGAAACGUUCGAGAUGAUGACGGAGUGCGCGGAGAGCGGGUUCCGGUUCUCGGUGCCGUACCACUUCGAGGGCACGGUGCGCGCGGCGGGCGAGCGCGCGCACCCGGCGCGCAUGAAGCGCCUGGCGCAGGAGGCCGCCACGCUCGCCACCAGCCUGCCGCUCUCCUACUCCUCCUCCGUCUUCGUGCGCACCGACACGGACCGGCUCGACGUCAUGAAGGUGCUAAUAACGGGCCCGUCGGACACGCCGUACGCGAACGGCUGCUUCAUCCUGGACGUGUACUUCCCGGCCGAGUACCCCGCCGUGCCCAUGCUCAUCAACCUGGAGACCACGGGCCGCCACUCGGUGCGCUUCAACCCCAACCUGUACAACGACGGCAAGGUGUGCCUGUCCGUGCUCAACACGUGGCACGGCCGCCCCGAGGAGAAGUGGAACGCGCACACGUCUAGCUUCCUGCAGGUGCUGGUAUCCAUCCAGUCGCUGAUCCUGGUGCCGGAGCCGUACUUCAACGAGCCGGGCUACGAGCGCAGCCGCGGCACGCGCGUGGGCUCGUCGGCGAGCCUGGAGUACAACUCCAACAUCUACCAGGCGUGCGCGCGCUGGGCCAUGCUCGACCAUCUGCGCAACCCGGAGCCCUGCUUCAAGGAGGUGAUCCAAACGCACUUUUGGAUGAAACGCAACGAGAUAAUGCAGACCGUGGCCAACUGGAUCACGGAGCUGGAGACGCAGAGCGGCGACGAGCGUACGCAGCGCAGCAUCCAACUCAACCUCAUGGCUCUCAAGCGCCACUACGUGAAGCUGCAGGAGGAGCUGGCGAAGCUGCCGGUGCCGCCGGGGCUGGAGGAGCUGGACGAGCCCUUCACGCUGCCGGCCGCGCCCGGGGCCGCCGCCGCCGCGCCGCCGCCCGCCGACGACAUCGACCACGACAUGGAGAAGAUCGUCGCCGACGUCCUCGACUGAUGCGCCGUCUCCCACCCCUCCGAAAUAUUUCACUGUGAGCGUUGUCGGUCGGACGGAUAUUGACUCUCCGAGAUGAUAUUUUACUCGGAACGAAAAUUCUGACGAACGAUCGGUGGAAAGUGAGUCGGUGCCGGCUCGGCCGCCGUCCGCCCUGUGGACGCGUCUUUACCGCGUUUAUGAUUCGUAUAGAAUGUUUAUAUUUGUAGUGACCGGUUUCGUUUUUAUAGUUUCUUUAUUUCUUAAGAUGUAGCGGGACCUCUGUUUAGUUUAACACUUAUUGUGAUACUAAAAAGGGCCGCGGCCCGGUAAGCUAUUUAAGGGGGUGUAUUGUGUGUAGACGGGGACGCCGUAUCGAGCCAUCGAUAAUUGUCUAUGUGCGUGGCGCGAUCGGACGACGAGGUUUAGACGCACUGUUAAAUUGCUGUCGUUCAAUAAAAUUACACUGAAAUGAAGCAAGUAAAUACACUAUUGUUAGCGUUCUUCGUUGUGCCGCGCACUCUAGUCUAAUCUACGUACAUCACUUAUUGUCUGUUGUGGAUAGCUGAGACUCAUAUGAGAUUUAAAUCAACUAACUCCACUAACCUUCGCUUAUCUGGACCUUUUUGGAUGCUUCGAUGGAUUUGUAGCGUUUUAUGAAAUUUGCUUCACGUGGCUUGUAAACGAGCGAUCGCUUAUUAUUAAAAAAAUUGUUUUUAUAUAUUAUUAUUUUUUUAUACAUUUUAGCGAGGCAUCCAAAGAUGCCGCAACUUAACAUAUUGUUAAUAAUGGAAUACUCUGCUUCGGACGUUAACUUAAAAGGUCUAUGACCUGUAGACUUAUUCACGUUUCUUCCCAUGUGAUGUGUUCAGAUUCAUUGAUGAGAUAAGCCUAGUCCGUGCUGAAACUUGCCGUAUCCACUCGGAGCAUAUUUGAAGAAGUAACUAGUAUGUUUGAAGUUAAAUCGCAAUAUUAGGAAACGCGAGUCAGGCCGCCGCAAGAAUUUAGCGGCCAGACGCGUUCGCGUAAUUAUAUUGAUAUUUUAAUAAACAUUAAUACGACCAAACGAAAAGUGACUGGUGCAAAUCUAUUAUUUACUCCUUCAAGUACGUCAGGUUUUGCGAUAAAUUCGCGCAUGCUACGAAAAUUGACUCCAGGAUUAUGUUGAACUGAAAUAGUUAUCGGUUGCGACGAAAGUUGACUCCUUCAGAACUUGAAUUUUGCCGAGGACCUGACGUAGCUAGGUUUAGGUCUAAUAUUGUAGUGGACACUUCCGCAAACUGUCAAGAGUUAAGAGUUGUAAUAGUUUAAUUAACUGAUUCUUCAGUCACAGCCACGGGGCUCAUGUUUGGCAGUUGCACGCAUGUUUUUUAGUAUUUUAUACUGCUAAUAAACGUUUGGGCAAUAUUUCUAGGUCGCCCUGGUAAUGCAGUACAUAGGCCUGUAGCCCUAAGCUUAAGUAUUGACGGUUUUCGGAAGUGGAGGUUUGCUAUUACUUAAAUUUAACCGGACUAUGCUGCGGAACUGCCCAGUGGUGUAUAUUGUGUACAAAUUCUCAUCUGCGUGUUGUCACAAACGAAUCCGUUAAAAUUAAGUCGCGGAAGUUCGCACAUUUCUUCGUCUUGUGACGUCGGGUAUCGGACGCAAUUCUCGACGGCAAACAGAUUCAUUUAGGUUAUGAUAUUUCCUACAACAUUCUAGAUUCCAAACAGUCUUGACCGGAAUGUAGAAUCUCGCUGGCACCAAGAAUUGUAUCCAAUCGGCUUGAUUGCCUUUCUCAAGUCGCAAGCAGAAAACAGAGAGGAGUUAGUGAUUUGAUUAAGGUAAUAAAGCCCAGUGUCGACGCCGCCAGAUUGUAACGGUAUUGGCUACAAGUUUAUUUAUUUGGUAUAUUGUAUACAACCCCAUCACAUGAUUAUAGCAGCCUGGCUUGAGUUGAUGUACUUAGUUGUCAGCCAGUCCGUUGCGGUCUCGCGGCGCAGCGCGCUCAUUGUUUUGUUUCCUAGGCGACGAUAUUCGUCCAAUAAUGUACAUUAAAUUAUAAUUUGAUGUAUAUAUAAAUCUUUUUACGUUUUAACAUUUGUAUUUAAGAAUAUAUUAUUAUUGUAAAAGUAUAUCGCAAUUUGGCUCUCAAAGAGGCGGAUGGAACGGAGCUCAUGUAGUAAAUUAUAUGGCAAAUAUAGUGGUCGUACCCUUGGCGUAGCCUCCCGCUCGCUGCUGCCGAGCGCGCAGCCUGCGACGUGUAUAUACGACAUAGCCUAGCGCAACAAACCGACGACCCUCCCUUUUGAUUGUCCGCCAACGUGACGGAGGGCGUUCCUUGUUGAAUUUGACUGUGAAUUUCGGAAUGUAAAUAAAAAUUUAUGUUAUCGCAA